GAUCAGAAGUCAAAGGCGCACCAGAAUAAAGACGAGAGAAGUGAAGCAGAAGCAGCAACAAAAAAUUAAACCAAUAAAGAAAGGCCCUUGCGUCCCAAGCUUUCCUUCACUUUCCCAAUUCGUUUCCUGUCGCUUGUCUUUCGUGCUCACCUUCGUAGACGCAAUAUUACAAACACAACAAAGCUAUAAAAGCAAGGUGGAAGCUUCACAUACGCUUCUCUGUAAAUCAAACAAUCAAAAACUUAGCCUGCAAGUGAGAGAAGAAAGAUGAAGAGAGAGGGUCGGCAACAUGGGUUGGUUAGAAGCUAUGAGAUCUGGCCAGCACCUUGGAACCCAAAACGCUAUAACAAGAUCGUGAAUCAAAUCGAUUCACCUGCGACUGCCGGAAUCUUUAUGAAGGUGUCGUCAAAGCCCACCAAUCAUUCCAAGUGCACGGGCAAGUGCGGUCGACCAAGAUGCAUGGGUUGCCACACCCACCCUGUUUCCAAGUCCAGGGACAAGGCCAAGGGUACCCAGAAGGAAAAAUCAUUCGAUAUCCUCAUGAAUCAUCGUUCGAUCGCUUGGAAGCUUGUCGAUCGCAACAGAGGGGGUUCGAAUUAUGUCGGUGUGUCGGCGACCGCAUUCUUGGGUCAGUUGGCUACUCGAGAUUAUCAAGAUUGGGAAGACUACGACGAUGAGGAGGAGCAGCAGAAGGAGAUGGAAUAUGGCGUGGGUGAUGAUGUCUACUACGGAAACGACUACUGCAACAAUGACAAUCUUGAAGACAUUGCGCCUAUACUAACCACCGCAAGAAUUGAAGAAAUUGUCCAUGAACCAGAAGAAGAUGCUGAUGAAAAUGAUGAUGAUGAUGAUAGGUUGAGCAUCAUGAGCUUCUGUGAAGUUGGAUUUGUGAUGGAAAUGGAAGAAGAAGGAUGGUUUGUGGUAGCAGAGAUGUAAACGGAAUAUGGAUUUCAAUUUUUGCCAUUGCUAUCUCCUUUUCCUGUCUACUUCACAUUUGCUUCUUCUUUGUUAAUAAAUGUAAAUUGGAAUAUUAAUAAUCCAAAUAUGUAAAUUUAAAAUUGCUCUCUGUUUGUUCUUGAUGAAAUGGAAAAUGAUCCAAAUGAU